CCUGCCAACCCCAAAGAUGGCGGCGACGCUACAGCUUCAGCACCGCCCGGCAGGCGGGGCGCUUCCGGUGGGGCUGUGCGCGCGGCGAGGGCACGGAGACUUCUCCGCGCCUCGGCCGAGGCCCAGGCGGGGGCUAUGGGCACGGCGGGCGGCGGCGGGGUCCUGCGGCUGCCGGGGCUGCACGGAUACGCGGCGGAGUUCUCGCCCUACUGGCCAGGGCGUGUGGCCUGUGCCGCCGCGCAGUACUACGGCAUCGCAGGUUGUGGAACUCUGGCAGUGCUGGAACAAAAUGAAGCUGGGAUUGCUCUGCUCAGGAGUUUUGACUGGAAUGAUGGCCUGUUUGAUGUGACCUGGAGUGAGAAUAAUGAACAUGUGUUGAUCACUUCUAGUGGAGAUGGAUCUCUGCAGAUCUGGGAUACAGCUAAAACCAAAGGUCCGCUGCAAGUCUAUAAAGAGCACACUCAGGAGGCAUAUAGUGUUGACUGGAGCCAAACUAGAGGAGAGCAGCUAGUGGUGUCUGGUUCAUGGGAUCAAACAGCCAAGCUGUGGGAUCCAGCUGUGGGAAAGUCAUUAUGCACUUUUAAAGGCCACGAAGGGGUCAUUUACAGCACUAUAUGGUCUCCACACAUCCCAGGUUGUUUUGCAUCUGCCUCAGGUGACCAGACUUUACGAGUUUGGGAUGUGAAAGCCCCAGGAGUCAAACUUGUGAUACCUGCCCACCAGGCUGAGAUCUUGAGCUGUGACUGGUGCAAAUAUGAUGAGAACUUGCUGGUAACUGGUGCAGUUGACUGUAGCUUGAAAGGCUGGGAUUUACGAAACGUCCGGCAACCAGUGUUCAUCUUGCUUGGUCAUACCUAUGCUAUCAGAAGAGUAAAAUUUUCACCAUUCCAUGCAACCUUAUUGGCCUCUUGCUCCUAUGAUUUUACUGUGAGAUUCUGGGACUUUUCCAAGCGUAACCCUUUGCUGCAAACAGUUGAGCAUCAUACUGAGUUUACAUGUGGACUGGAUUUAAGUCUUCACAAUCGUGGUCAGGUGGUGGACUGUUCUUGGGAUGAACUAGUCAAGAUCUAUACUCCGUCAUGUCUGGCAGUUCCUGUCUAGAGAAAAAGUGAAGAUCUGGCACACCAGGAACCUUUCUCUCUUCCGUCACAACCAGACUUAUGCUAAAGUGUCAACUGUGUCACUAACCUUAGUGUCUGUUUUUAAGUAAAACUCUGUUUGAAUGUUGUGCACUUAAGCAUGUGGAGAUUUUAGGACCUGGUUUACUGUACAGGUAGUACUUGAGCCAGCAAAACCUUCAGCAGCUACUGAACAGCCGAAGAGUGGCCGUGGCACAUAGGAGCUGGUGUCUUUAGAGUAGAAUCACCAACACAAUUUUGUGAUGUCUGGCUAAUAAUGAGAGCAGAGGCCUGAAUCUUCUUGAACCUUAUAAAGAAUAAAAGUAACUGGCAGUGUAUUUUGAAAUAAUGUUACUGUAGAAAAGAAAAAAAAAGAUAAAAGAGCAUCUUUUUGCUGUGAAGUACUGUAAUGUCAACCUGAGGUUUGUAUCACUUGGAUGCAUUUAUACUUAAAUGUUUUGCUGUGACUCAUGUUGCAUUAUUUUCUUGUGCAAUAUGAUGAGUGCUCUUGAUAGACAGUAAAUGUCAUAGUUUAUAGCCAGCUGAUUUGUUUGAUCUUUUUGAUUGCUGCUUCACAAAGAUGGUAAAGAUUAUUUUCAUACAUUUUUUCUGUUAGAUCUCCUUGAGUAAAGCAGUUGAUGAAGUCAUGCAGAAAGAUACUCUGAUGAUAGAGAAAAUGCUUAGGAAAAAAUGAAGUACAUACUACACUAAUUGGAUCACAAUCCUCAAGAUCUAGAGAUAGGACAACCAUCUGUUCUAUUAGAGACUUGUCUUCUAUUUUCACUUAGAAAGUUUUCCCAAGAGAUAGAAGAGGAAUGUGACCAUAUAUUCAGUGUUUCUGGACCUCUGACAGCCUGGCCAAAGUGAAAGCUGAUGUCCAGACCAGUCAAGAGGAUGGGGCCAGACUCUUAUCAGUGGUGCCCAGUGCCAGGAUAUGGGGCAACGGGCACAAACUGGAACACAGGAAGUUCCAUCUCAACGUGAGGAAAAACUUCUUCACUGUGAGGGUGACAGAGCACUGGAACAGGCUGCCCAGAGAGGUUGUGGAGUCUCCUGCUCUGGAGAUAUUCAAAACCCGCCUGGAUGCGAUCCUGUGCAACCUGCUCUAGGUGCUCCUGCUUCAGCAGCAGGGUUGGACUAGAUGAUCUUCAGAGGUUCCUUCCAGCCCCUACCAUUUUCUGAUUCUGUGAACCUACAUACAUGCAGAUUAACUGCAUGACAUAAGCAUAGCAGAUCCAGUGUGGCCAAGCUAUGAGAAUAUCCCCAACAUGUUAUAGGUAUCUUGAGUACUUUGCGUGCCUACUUUGACCCCUCAGACCACAUGCUGAUACUUUCAUCUGAAUUUUUCUGGGGCAAGUAGAGAUGUUCAGUUUGUAUGCUUCUCCAAUCUCCUUUGACUACACUUUCAGGAUCCAACUGUGAUACUCCUGCAGUUCUCAUUGGUGCAUAUUAGACUUCUCUCCCAGUUUCCUGCUAGCUGGUUUUUUUUUUUAACCUUUUUAAAGCUGUCUCCCAUCUGCUGUUACCCCGUAUCAUCAGUCUUUACCAUCAACAGACUCUUUGCAGAUCUUUGGUCGGGUUUUCAUAGUCUCCUGUUAAUGAAUGCUGUACACUUCUGGGUUGCACCACUCAUAUAUCAAGCAAUAGCAGACACUGCCAGAUCUGCUGGAUGCUUUGGAGAAAUGAAAGAAUUCAGCGGAGCUAAGACUUGCAAGUUGCAAGGAAAGAAUGAUUAAUGUUUGUCCUUUCUUGGAGAAGGAGCCAGAGAACUUGCAGGUAGCUAUGGGAAGAUAGGCAUAUAUUGAUUUGGUGUUAGAGCAAGAAAGAAAGAAGGAAACCUUUUUCUACAGCAUGAGAAUUUGGAUCCUGAUAGGAUAUUAUAUUUUUCAGAAUGCCAUCUUCUCGAGCUGAAUUAAUAACAAAACGUAGAUUUUCUUUUUUUGUGACAAUGAGUUGCACCAAAUUCCAAAUGUUUAUUGCACCUUAAUUCUGAUUGCUGGGGAAGGAUGCAACGAUAAGGCUGUGCUGCAUACAGCUUUCAGCAAUACCAUGGGCCAUAAAAUCUAAUUUUAGGUAUUAAAAUUGAUUAUUUCAACGUUAAUAGUUACUCCACUCUUCUGCUUUAUCUCCCUUUUCUGCUUAGACUACAAGUUACUUGUCUGAGCGAGUGGAACAUUGUGGUAGUGGGUAUGUAUUUUAUAUGUGUGU